UAGUAGAAAUCAGAAAAAAAGAGGUCGACCAAAAAAUAUGCUUUGGAAUAAUCAUUUUAGAGAAAUUAAUUUGCAAGCCGAUGGUCAUAAAGGUUGGGAGUGUUUAUAUUGUAAUGAACAAAAUCCACGCGCAUCUGAUAUGAAUAUGAAUGCGCAUUUAGCUUUAAAUUGUAAAAAAGUUCCACUUAAUAUUAAACAGGUUCUUUUACGAAAAUUUCCUGUACCAAAUCAAAAAAAAAACAAAACAGUGAUAGAUAUUCUCACUGGUGUACAACCACGAAUUGACAGUAAAUUUCAAACUAUAAAUCAAAUGGAUUCUGGACAUGAAGAAUUAUGUCACAAAGCAUCAACUAAAUUUUUUGUGUGUUGUGGAAUCCCCUUUUGGAUCGUUGAGCAUCCAUUUUUUUUAGAUUUUUGCAAAAAUUUAUGUACUUCAUACAAACCACCUGACCGAAAAAGUUUAAGUAAUGAUUGGCUUAAUUUUGAAACAGCACGAGUUAUAGUAGCUAUGGAAAAAGAACUUCAACAUAAAAGUAACCUUACAUUAG